AUGAAACUCUCUCAAUCCCUCAUCUACACCCUCCCAUUCCUCCACUCCGCCGCAGCCCAAGGCGGCGGCAUGGUCGGCCUCCCCUGGACAGUCUCCAACGUCCCAGAAACAGGACUUGAAGAAAUCACCUUCCCAAUAGACAUCUCCGCCUCCCCGCACGAACGCGGCUUCUACUUUGCCCAGCAAUUCAACUUCGUCGGCGCACCCGACGUAGGCUACACAGGCCUACAGCCUCGCGCAGAUAUCAACGGCCAGCCUAUCAUCCACGCGGCAUUCUCCAGCUUCAACGCCGGCACCACAAGCGACGACGAGAACUGCAGUGAUGGCGCUGACGGCGGAGCGGGCGUGAGCUGCGCUAUCGACAUCGUCAGUCCGUAUGAGCAUCAGUAUCUGCUGCUUGUUGAGAAUACGCAGGGGACGACUUGGGUGGGGACUUUGGUGGAUGCUGUUAGCGGGAAUGGGACCCGUGUUGGGUCUUGGACGCUUCCUGGUGGAUCAAAGGGGAUUAAGGGGUCGCAGUUGGGCUUUGUUGAGUUGUAUGCUUGGAAUGAUGGGAAGAGUGAGCAUGUUUGUGCGGAUGUUCCGAAGCAUGGGGUUACUUUUGGUGAGCCUGUUGCUGAGGGGUAUGAGGGGAGUCUGGGGGUGCCUUAUGAGUAUGGGGAUUGUGUUGGGGAGAUUCAGUAUGAGGCUCAUACGACUGCUGAUGGUGCAGUUGCUAUCACUGUUGGGUAUUAG